GACUAGCAUCUUGUUUCCUACUUAGUUGACGCUUGAAAGAGAAUUCUUGCACUUUGAAUUGGCUGCUUUGUCUAUUUCGUUGUUUGAUAAAAUAUCUCAUAAUGCCGAAAAUCGUAGGUUCUUACAAGAAUGCACACAGUUUUGAGGAGCGGAAGAGGGAAUCUGAAAAGGUUCAUGAACGAACACCAGAUCGCAUUCCAGUAAUCUGUGAAAAGGCAGAAAACUCACGGAUACCCGAUCUUGACAAGGCAAAGUAUCUGGUCCCUCCCGAUGUGACUGUAGGAGCUUUUCUUGUGAGCAUACGGCGACGCAUCACAAUUGAGCCUGAGAAGUCCAUAUUUCUUUUUGUGGGAGACACCGUCCCGGCUAACGGUACGCUGAUGUGUGACUUAUACAAUGCUUACAAAGAUGAGGAUGGGUUUCUAUAUGUUACGUACUCUGCGGAGAAUACAUACGGAUGACUGUAUCCUUAAUUCUUGCUUUUUGCUUAGAAAAAAAAUACAAUUUUAGUUUGCUGUAUUCUCAUGCGGGCACGCAAUAUCAUUUAUACGCUACUCGAUAUUUAUGCUACUGUAUUUUCCCUUUUUUUGGAUGGAAGUAAACUGAUAUGUGCAUCACAAAGAUGAAAAAACCACCACACUCCGUUAGUUUAAGUUAGGUGAGUCGACAUAGCUUUGUGGACAAUGCCUCUCAGUAAAGGGGUUCAUUCAGAGGUUCGUUUCUCAACCCUUUCACA